AUGUCAGCACCUAAACAAGAAGUUUUAGUUUUAGGAGAAUUAAAACAUCAACAUAAAUUAUUGGAAGAAAUGAAAACUCGUUAUGAAUUUAAAGAAUUUAAAUCAACUAGAAAAGAUUUUGUUGUUGAGGCAACAAGUAAAUAUGAAAAUGUUACAGCUAUUUUAUUAGCUCAUGGUGCUCAAGAGAUCAUAAACAAGUUUGACACUGAAGUUCUUGAUUCACUUUCACCUGCUAUAAAUGUGAUACUAGUGAUUGGUAAUGCAUCUGAAUUAGUUGAUGUUAAAGUAGCAACAGGGAAUGGUGUAUUUGUGGCAGAUACAUCUGGAAAAUUAAACUUGAGUGAAGAGGAAAUAGAGCAUGCAGCGCUUGAUAAUCUUGAUUUUGCAUUAAUCACGGGAGUUCCAAAAGAUCCUGUAAAUGAAAUUGAAGAGGUGAAGGAAAAUGCUGCUGAAAAAGCGAUAGAAUUAAUUGAAAAAUUAGGAAGUUUAAGUACAGAUGAAUUAGAUGUUAGUGAUCUUACAAUUAAAUUGUAA